AAACGCGCUCAUUUUCAUCCUUUAAUUCAUUUCCACGCCUUUCUCUCUCUACACUUUUCAGUUUUUUCUCUUUCUACUGUCUAUCUCUUAAGCUCACCCGUGGUUCCACACAGCAACCGUACUACCACUUUCCGACCCAUGCUAUGAGCCUCAGACAGCGCCCCCCGGCGGCUGCCGGUUCGCAGUACGGGGCGAACCGGUCGUCUCAGCCACCGAACCCGGAAGAAGAAGCGUACAAUAUCAUUCCCAUUCACAAUCUCAUCGCCGACCACCCCUCACUCCGCUACCCGGAGGUACGAGCCGCGGCGUAUGCCCUACGCGCUGUCGGGAGUCUCCGAAAGCCGCCGUUCGGAGCGUGGCACGAGCACAUGGACCUCCUCGACUGGCUCGGCCUCUUCUUCGGCUUCCAGAGCGACAACGUUCGGAACCAGCGAGAGCACCUAGUGCUCCACCUCGCUAACGCUCAGAUGCGGCUCCAGCCACCGCCGGACAAUAUCGACACUCUCGACCCCGGCGUGCUCCGGCGAUUCCGACGGAAGCUGCUAAGCAACUACUCGGCAUGGUGCUCCUUCCUCGGCCGGAAAUCGAACGUUUGGAUCCGAGAUUCUGCGCCCGAUCCGCGUCGUGAAUUGCUCUACACCGGCCUCUAUCUGCUCAUCUGGGGUGAGUCUGCUAAUCUUAGGUUCAUGCCUGAAUGUAUUUCCUACAUAUUUCAUCACAUGGCUAUGGAACUUAAUCGAAUUCUUGAGGAUUACAUUGAUGAAAACACGGGUCAGCCUGUACUGCCGUCAAUUUCGGGUGAGAACGCGUACCUGGCCCGUGUGGUUAAGCCCAUUUACGAGACUGUGCAUAAUGAGGUUGAGCGAAGCAAAAAUGGGACUGCCCCACAUAGUGCUUGGAGGAAUUACGAUGAUAUAAAUGAGUAUUUUUGGAGCCCUCGGUGUUUUCAGAAGCUCAAGUGGCCAAUGGAUUUGGGGAGUAAUUUUUUUGCUCUGUCCAGUAAGAGUAAGCAUGUGGGUAAGACUGGUUUUGUGGAGCAAAGGUCAUUUUGGAACUUGUUUAGGAGCUUUGAUCGGCUUUGGGUCAUGUUGAUUUUGUUUCUUCAAGCUGCCAUUAUUGUUGCUUGGGAGGGUAAGGAGUAUCCAUGGCAGGCAUUGGAGAGUCGUUAUGUUCAGGUCCGGGUUCUCACUGUGUUUUUCACUUGGAGUGCUUUGCGGCUUCUCCAGUCUCUACUUGAUGCUGGGAUGCAAUAUAGCUUGAUUUCUAGGGAGACUUUGUGGCUUGGGGUGAGGAUGGUGAUGAAGACUGUAGUUGCUGCAGGGUGGAUUAUUGUGUUUGCGGUAUUUUAUGCGAGAAUUUGGACGCAGGAAAACAAUGAUGGUGGGUGGACAAGCAAAGGGAAUGCACGGGUGGUGAAUUUUCUUGAGGUUGCAUUGGUUUUCAUCCUCCCGGAGCUUUUGGCAUUGGCUCUGUUUAUUGUUCCAUGGAUAAGGAAUUUUUUGGAGGAGAAAAAUUGGAGGAUCUUUUACUUAUUAUCAUGGUGGUUUCAGAGUAGAAUUUUUGUGGGCCGUGGGUUGAGGGAAGGUCUUGUGGAUAAUAUAAAGUAUUCUUCAUUCUGGAUUUUGGUGCUUGCUACAAAAUUUUCAUUCAGCUACUUCCUGCAGAUUAAACCUAUGGUUGCCCCUUCCAAAGCCCUUUUGAGAAUUAAGAAUUUAGAAUACGAGUGGCAUGAGUUCUUUGAUAACAGCAAUAGAUUAGCAGUGGGGCUAUUGUGGCUUCCUGUGGUUUUGAUGUACCUCAUGGAUUUGAAUAUUUGGUACUCCAUUUACUCCUCUUUCUAUGGGGCAGUAGUUGGGCUGUUCUCACAUUUGGGUGAAAUUCGAAACAUUCAGCAACUGAGACUGAGAUUCCAGUUCUUUGCAAGUGCAAUCAAGUUCAAUCUUAUGCCAGAGGAGCAACUGUUACAUGGAAGGAACAUGAGGAACCGAUUCAAUGAUGCUAUCCACAGAUUGAAGCUACGGUAUGGGCUGGGCCGGCCCUACAAGAAGCUGGAAUCUAAUCAGGUCGAAGCGACCAAGUUUGCUUUGAUAUGGAAUGAGAUAAUUUCAAUUUUCAGGGAAGAAGAUAUUAUCAAUGACCAUGAGGUCGAGCUGUUGGAACUUCCUCAAAACUCUUGGAACGUUAGGGUUAUUCGCUGGCCAUGUUUGCUCCUUUGCAAUGAGCUGCUGCUAGCUCUCAGCCAGGCAAAAGAAUUGGUAGAUGCUCCUGAUAAGUGGCUUUGGUAUAAGAUUUGCAAGAAUGAGUAUAGACGCUGUGUUGUCAUUGAGGCCUAUGAUAGUAUCAAGCACUUACUGCUUCAGAUCAUCAAGUUUGAUACUGAAGAGCACUCCAUUAUCAAAGUCUUGUUUCAAGAAAUUGAUCACUCUCUUGAUAUUGAGAAGUUUACUAAAACAUUCAAAAUGACUGCUCUGCCCCAGAUCCAUCUCAAGUUGAUAUCUCUUCUUAAGCUAUUGAAUGAGCCUAAGAAAGAUCCUAACAAGGUGGUGAACAUUUUACAGGCCCUUUAUGAGAUUGUAAUUCGGAAUUUUUUCAAGGAUCAAAGGACCAGUGAUCAGCUGAGGGAGGAUGGUCUGGCUCCUCGUAAUCUGUCUUCCAGCACGGGCCUCCUCUUUGAAAAUGCUGUGGAGUUGCCUGAUGCCAAUAAUGGGACCUUCUAUCGGCAGGUACGACGCUUGCACACAAUUCUUACUUCUCGUGACUCAAUGAACAAUAUCCCAAAAAAUCUGGAGGCAAGGCGCCGGAUUGCCUUCUUUAGCAAUUCCCUGUUCAUGAACAUGCCCCAUGCUCCUCAAGUUGAGAAGAUGAUGGCUUUCAGUGUCCUGACCCCUUAUUACAAUGAAGAAGUACUAUACAGUAAAGAACAACUUCGAACUGAGAAUGAAGAUGGGAUUUCCAUCCUAUAUUAUUUACAAACAAUUUAUGAUGAUGAGUGGAAUAAUUUCUUGGAACGGAUGAAGCGAGAAGGAAUGAAGGAUAAAAAUGACUUAUGGACAACAAAGCUGAGAGAUCUCCGUCUAUGGGCCUCUUUUAGAGGCCAGACGCUCACCCGCACUGUAAGGGGAAUGAUGUAUUAUUAUCGAGCUCUCAAGAUGCUGGCCUAUCUCGAUUCUGCAUCAGAAAAGGACAUUGAAGAAGGAUCACACGAACUUGGCUCAGUGAGGCGAAACAACAGUAUUGAUGGUUUUAAUUCUGAAAGAUCACCUUCUUCAAGGAGCUUAAGUAGAGCAAGUAGUUCAGUGAGUUUGUUAUUCAAAGGCCAUGAGUAUGGGACUGCUUUAAUGAAAUACACAUAUGUAGUUGCUUGCCAGAUAUAUGGGUCUCAGAAGGCAAAAAAAGAUCCCCAUGCUGAAGAAAUUUUGUAUUUAAUGGAACACAAUGAAGCCCUUCGAGUUGCCUAUGUUGAUGAAGUUUUGAAAGGGAGGGAUGAGAAAGAAUAUUACUCUGUUCUUGUGAAGUAUGAUCAGCAGCUACAGAAGGAAGUGGAGAUCUAUCGGGUCAAGUUGCCUGGUCCCUUGAAGCUAGGAGAGGGAAAACCAGAGAAUCAGAACCAUGCCCUUAUCUUCACUCGUGGGGAUGCAGUCCAGACGAUUGAUAUGAACCAAGACAACUAUUUUGAAGAAGCACUCAAAAUGCGGAAUCUAUUGGAAGAAUACAGGACCUACUAUGGUAUUAGGAAGCCUACUAUUCUAGGAGUCCGGGAACACAUUUUUACUGGUUCUGUAUCAUCACUUGCUUGGUUUAUGUCUGCCCAAGAAACAAGUUUUGUUACAUUGGGACAGCGUGUUUUGGCGAAUCCUUUGAAGAUUCGGAUGCAUUAUGGUCACCCAGAUGUGUUUGAUAGGUUUUGGUUUCUGACCAGGGGAGGGAUUAGCAAAGCUUCCAGAGUGAUUAAUAUUAGUGAGGACAUUUUUGCUGGCUUCAACUGCACAUUGCGAGGUGGAAAUGUUACACACCAUGAAUACAUCCAAGUUGGAAAGGGAAGGGAUGUUGGGUUGAAUCAAAUAUCCAUGUUUGAAGCAAAGGUUGCUAGCGGAAAUGGUGAGCAAGUUCUCAGCAGAGAUGUCUAUAGGUUGGGUCACAGGUUGGAUUUUUUACGUAUGCUGUCAUUCUUCUACACUACAGUGGGAUUCUUUUUCAACACGAUGCUGGUGGUUCUGACUGUUUAUGCUUUUUUAUGGGGCCGGCUGUAUCUGGCUCUUAGUGGGGUUGAGGGUUCUGCUCUGGCGGAUAAAAGCAGCAACAAUAAGGCCCUUGGUACAAUCUUGAAUCAGCAGUUCAUAAUCCAGCUUGGUCUGUUUACUGCACUUCCGAUGAUUGUGGAAAAUUCUCUUGAGCAUGGGUUCCUUGCAGCCAUCUGGGAUUUCAUAACAAUGCUGCUCCAGCUUUCUUCUGUCUUCUACACGUUCUCCAUGGGAACUCGCACUCACUUUUUUGGCCGGACUAUUCUUCAUGGUGGUGCAAAAUACCGAGCAACUGGACGUGGUUUUGUCGUGCAGCACAAGAGUUUUGCUGAGAACUAUAGACUCUAUGCUCGUAGCCAUUUUGUAAAGGCAAUUGAGCUUGGCUUGAUCCUUACAGUUUACGCUGCAUACAGUGUCAUAGCUACUGACACUUUUGUCUAUAUAGCCAUGACCAUCACGAGUUGGUUCCUGGUAGUGUCAUGGAUCAUGGCCCCCUUUGUAUUUAAUCCUUCUGGGUUUGAUUGGUUGAAGACAGUGGACGACUUCGAUGAUUUUAUGAACUGGAUAUGGUACCGUGGAGGUGUGUUUGCAAAGGCUGAGCAAAGUUGGGAAAAAUGGUGGAAUGAGGAGCAGGAUCAUCUAAGGACAACUGGUCUUUGGGGAAAGUUACUGGAGAUAAUCUUAGAUCUUCGUUUCUUCUUCUUUCAGUAUGGAAUUGUAUACCAGCUAGGUAUUGCUGCUAAUAGCACCAGUAUUGCUGUUUACUUGCUUUCCUGGAUCUAUGUGGUUGUUGCUGUGGCCAUUUCUUUAACAAUAGCAUAUGCUCGGGACAAGUAUGCUGCAAAAGACCACAUCUACUAUCGGCUGGUCCAAUUCCUUGUUAUUUUGCUUGUAAUAAUUGUCAUUGUUGCAUUGCUGGAGUUCACCCACUUUAAAUUUGUUGAUCUCUUCACCAGUCUGCUGGCAUUUGUUCCCACUGGGUGGGGCCUGAUUUUAAUUGCCCAGGUAUUCAGGCCCUUUCUGCGGCGCACUUCAGCAUGGGAGGCCAUUAUUUCUUUGGCUCGGCUAUAUGAUAUUAUGUUUGGUGUGAUCGUCAUGGCCCCUGUGGCACUACUAUCAUGGUUGCCUGGGUUCCAAUCGAUGCAGACAAGGAUUCUAUUCAAUGAAGCAUUUAGUAGGGGCCUCCACAUAUCUCAGAUUGUGACAGGGAAAAAAUCCAAGGUCUAAAAAUCGAAGGUUUGCAGUCGGUAUUGAGGCCUAGGUGACUUUUAGAAAGCUGGGAGAGUAGAUUCUGAGUAUUGUCCUUUUGCAGUUUCUUGUUUGUAUUUUACCCAGAUUGCUGCCAUUUUGCUUCAUUUCAAUUUGAGUGGGGAGGGAGAAGUCCUCAUAUUUGGAUUGUCCUUUUACCAUUGUAAUUAAACAAAUUUCCUCCUGUGAUUAAUUCUGAGUUGGGGUACUUCUGAUUACUGUGGCUUAACAUCACCAAGAAAUUACUAGGUACAGCUCCUGUGUAUUGUGUCUGUGUUGAGAGUAGAUUAGGGUUGAGACUUGAUUCAUAUUAUAAGAAUUUUUGCUAUUCUUUGGAUAGAAAUUCAGCUAUUUGUUUAACCA